AUGAACGGAGCUCCAAUGAUUGUUUUCCCAAUGAGUGAAGACGAUGCUUCUACUUCCACUUCGAGAGCCUCAUCUUCAGUCUCGGCAGCAUCCGAAUCUUCAGAUUCUUCCUUGAAACAAAAAUACUCGCAAUCCAAUGAUUGUUCUUCCACAGCCACAAGCGCAAUCAGUCGAAAAAGACAAUCCAUGAUGCUUAUUUCGAAAGAUGCUCGAGCCCAUUGGAAGUCUCUACCUUCGGAAUGGCAACUCGAAAAGGAAUUUGUUUUGGUUGCCUUGAGACAAUCCCCAACCUUGCCCGAGAAGGCAGACUUUGAGCGACAGUUGCCUCAGCGCCUACGUUUCGACAAGGACAUUGUACUAGCCUUUUGCCACCGUCCCGACUUUCUUCAGCUAUAUGACGAACGUCACCUGUUUGUCCCAGGUUGCUGGACCCACGAUCGAGAAAUCAUGUUGGCCUAUUGCCAAAAGAUUCCUCGUUCCCUCCAAGAAUGUUCGGAAGACUUGUGCGAUUCCGAAGAAAUUGUACAUGCUGCCGUCAAGGUUGCGGGCAUGGAGCUACAGUAUGCCUCCAUGCGACUACAAGAAGAUAAGGAAACCAUCAAGCUUGCCUGCAAAUCUCAUGGAGGAGCCUUGGGAUUUUGUCCACCAGGCCCAACCCGAUCAGAACUUGUGCAAGACCGCCAUUUCAUGCUUCACACAGUACUAGCCAAUCCGGGAGGAGGCGCCAUGUGGAAACUACUUCCAAACUCGAUGGAAGAAGAUGCCGAGUUGCUCUUGAUGGCACUCAGACAUGGACUUCACUUUCGGGACAUUCCGAAAGCCCUAAUGAAUCUGGAGUUCUUGACAAUGGCCAUUCGGGCCAACUCGAAACUAUAUUUGGAAUUGACCAAGCCUUGGAGGGAACAAGAAUGUUUGUCCAGGGAGGCUCUCAUAUCGGAAGCAAGUGAUGCGGAAAUCCAUGCCAAGGCUCUCGAAGAAUGUCCCCAACUGCGAAGGAACCGAGUUGUGAUUCUACAAAUAGCACGGAACGGAUCCAGAGACCUAUUGCACGAAAUUGUCAGCGCCAAUGAUUUCCAAUACCAAGAUGAUUUGGAAGUUAUGAAGAUUGCCAUUCAACAAAAUUCCAAGUUCUUUGACUAUGCUUCUGCUCGUUUGCAGCAAAUGCCAGAGAUUAUUCUCGUUAGCAUUACACCACACACUGCCUGGAAUACCAUCAAGAACGUCUCUUGGACCAUUCAGCGGAUGCAUCCAGAAAUUCCGGUCCGAGCGGUCGAGCUAUCCGUGGCUCGUAAUCUCAGGUACAUGCCCAGUCAUAUUCCAGAAGAUCUAUGGAGUUCGAGUCGAGAUUUGGGGAUUGCAUGGAUCCGUCGAGGAGGCCAAAUCAUCGAUGCAAUUGAGCAGCAAUUACGUCGGGACAAGCCGAUGGGACUCGAAGUUGCCAAGCACAAUUGGGCCGAAUUCUACAAGGUCGGGAAGGUUCUCUUGAAGGACCGAAAAUUCAUGCUCCAAGCUCUGAAAGAAGACGGUCGCGUUAUUCGAUUUGCCGACGAGGAACUGAUACAAGAUAUGGACAUAUUGAUGAGUGCUGUGGCUUACCAUCCAAUACCCUCGACUCUUUCCACAACCUUUCACGGAAUUUACAACUUGGAUGAGUUGAAGCGACAUGUCGAGACCAAGCUUCAGCUUCACUCUACUUUUCUCCUCGACUUUUUACGAGGCAUUGCCAUUUCGCCCCAACCGAAUAUGGCGCCGAACCUCAGAAGCCAGCUUCCCAUGCUGGAUCGAGGUGUAGAAACCUCGGAAGCCUUUAAGCGAUUGAUUUGUGACUAUUUGGGCGUGCCAAUCGGACAACAACUUCGUCUCUUGCGACAAGCCUUUGCCAACAUGAAGCGCCAAAACCAAGACGGACCCGUGGUAUCUGUUGCUGCCAAUGAUGAACCCAUUAUUCGUCCUGCAAUGAACAACGACAGACUGCUCCUUCGGCACGACCGAUUGAUGAUUGAACAACGAGAGCUUCGACACCGCCGUCGUCUUCAAGAAUUCCAUCGUCUUCAAGAAUUCCGUGAUGAUUACCAAAUACAACGAGACCGUCGCCUGGUACACUUGCGACGCUUGCAUUUCCCUCGCGUCAUGGCCAUGGCUGCCUAUGAACGUGACCGUUCACGUGAACGUGAACAUCACGUGGGCGGCAGAGGCCGAAGGGACAAUAACAACGACGUAGAAGCCGCAGCUGUCCAUCCGCUUCCAGACGAACUCGAUUUUGGAAGCGAUGACGAUUCUGUCAUUUUGGAUCUUCAGCGAGAAGACGGCAGCGACAGCGAUUUCUAA